AUGGAGGAGCAGCAGGCAAUAGUGGCCGCCAAGGAAGGGGAUGUGGCCACCUUGGAGCGGCUGCUGGAGGCUGGCGCCCUGGGCCCAGGCAUCACUGAUGCUCUGGGGGCUGGGCUAGUGCACCAUGCCAGCCGGACAGGCCAUCUGGACUGCGUCAAGUUCCUGGUGCAGCGAGCCCAGCUGCCCAGUAACCAGCGGGCCCACAACGGGGCCACACCGGCACACGAUGCGGCUGCCACGGGCGGCCUGGCUGAGCUGCGCUGGCUGGUCCGAAAUGGAGGCUGCGGGCUGCAGGACCAAGAUGCCUCGGGCGUCUCCCCGCUGCACCUGGCUGCCCGCUUUGGACACCCGGCACUGGUGGAGUGGCUGUUGCAGGAGGGCCACGAAGCCACACUGGAGACUCUGGAGGGCGCGUUGCCGCUGCACCAUGCCGCUGUCAGCGGGGACCUGACCUGCCUGAAGCUCCUGGUGGCCGUCCACCGCAGCAGCGUGAACCACAGGACUCGCAGUGGUGCCUCCCCCCUCUACCUGGCCUGCCAGGAGGGCCACCUGCACCUGGCCCAGUUCCUGGUGAAGGAUUGCGGAGCCAACGUGCACCUGCGUGCCCUCGAUGGCAUGAGUGCGCUGCAUGCCGCUGCUGCCCGCGGCCACUACUCGCUCGUUGUCUGGCUGGUCACAUUCACAGACAUCAGCCUGACCACACGGGAUAAUGAGGGGGCCACCGCCCUGCACUUCGCUGCCCGCGGAGGCCACACACCCAUCCUAGACCGGCUCCUGCUGAUGGGUGCCCCGAUCACGAGAGACUCUUGGGGUGGGACGCCCCUGCACGACGCAGCAGAGAAUGGGCAGAUGGAGUGCUGCCAGACCCUGCUCUCCCACCGCGCGGACCCCUCCCUGCGGGAUGAAGACGGGUACACGGCGGCAGACCUGGCGGAGUACCAUGGACACCAGGACUGCGCCCAGUACUUGCGGGAGAUGGCCCGGCCAGUGCCAGUCCUGAUGACACCCCCGCCACCUCCAUUCCCACCUCCUCCACUGUCAGCUGCAAGACUCUCCUUGGAGGACAGAAGUAGAGGUGGCUCGGGGCUCAGGAGCCACACAGCAGCGACUCUCAGCCCUUCCUGGCCUGGCCAGCACAAUCAGCCUGUCCCCAGUGAGCAGAUGGCCCGCACAGUCCUCCCACAGAUCACCACCAGUGCCCUGGCUGCUCCUGAGGGAGCGGAGUCGGCAGUGGGUGACUCCCCCGAUGGCCUGGCUGCGCUGCAGCUGGACGGUGUGCCAUCAGGAGACCUGGACGGGCUGGUGCCCACGCGGGACGAGCGCGGCCGGCCCAUCCCCGAGUGGAAGCGGCAGGUGAUGGUGCGGAAGCUGCAGGCGCGCCUGGGCGCAGACCGUGCUCGCGAGGCCCAGGAUGACAGUGGGAGCCCAGGCCUCCUGGAGCAGGCGGCCUGGCGGUACUCGCAGGCCCACCAAGCGGUCCUGGGCCCCUUUGGGGAGCUGCUGACCGAGGACGACCUGGUCUACCUGGAGAAGCAGAUCGAAGACCUGCAGCUCCGGCGCCGCUGCCAGGAGUACGAGAGCGAGCUGGGCCGACUGGCUGCGGAGUUGCAGGCCCUGCUGCCUGAGCCCCUGGUCAGCAUCACCGUCAACAGCCACUUCCUGCCCCGGGCGCCUGGGCUGGAGGAAGAUCAGGCCCUGGCCCUGGUGGCUGAGCCCACGGACUCAGCAGAGACUGGGGAGGCCGUGCCUGGCGGGCAGCCUCUGCCCUUCUGGUGUAGCCACAUCAGCCGCCUGGUGCGCAGCAUGUCCCUGCUGCUGAAGGGUGUGAACGGGCUGGUGCAGAGCGAGGAGUCGGCCACCCAGGCCCUGCAGGAUCCCCGCGGGGGUGCCGCAGUCAGGCCCCCUCGCAGCGAGGCCCAGCGUGAGAUCCAGGAAUGCGGGGUGUCUGUGCGAGUGCUGCGUGGCAACUUUGAGUUGGCCCCUGGACAGCCCUGUGCCUCAGACCUGAGCCCUUGUGAACUGGCCGCCCAGCCUGGGCAGUGCCUGAGAGGCUGCUGCCCGGCUCCCCUGCAGCCCCGAGCCAGCACAACGGGAGGGGGGCCUGGGCCAGGUGACACAGAGGAGGCCAGUGACUCAGGCAUCAGCUGUGAGGAGGCCCCCUCGGAGGCGGGUGCCGUGCCCAGCCUGGACUCAGCCAGCCUGCGCAAGGAGCGCAUCGUCAUGCUGUUCCUCAGCCACUGGAAGAAGUCAGCCUAUACACCUGCCCUCAAGACAGUGGCCUGCAGGACCCUGGAGGCCCGCAAAGCUGGGCCACGGGGACAGGAGGUGGCCAGGAGCCCUCGGGCGCCCUCCCUGCUGCCCAGUGAGGGCCCCCGGCUCGGCCACCUGUGGCCGCAGCGGAGCAUCAUCACCCAGCUGCUGGGCAACUGGAAGGCCAUCAUGGCCCACGUGCCGGCCCGGCAGCUACGGCGGCUGAGCCGGCGGCCCCGCAGUCCCCUGUCCCCUGAGCAGUUCCUGCCCCACGUGAAUGGGGCUCCUGUGCCCUACAGUAGCCUCCCACUGGACCUCUUCAUGCUGGGCUACUUCCAGCUCCUGGAGUGCGACCUGCCGGCCGAGGAGCGCAAGAUGCGUCACCUGCUGUGCUUCGAGGUCUUUGAGCACCUGGGUGCCCAUGGCUGGGAGGCUGUGCGUGCCUUCCACAAGGCCGUGACUGAUGAGGUGGCGGCUGGCCGCCGCACCUGGACUGAUGGCUUUGAGGACAUCAAAGCUCGCUUCUUUGGCUCCAGCCAGGGUGCCACUCGGGACACGGAGCCUGGUCGAAAGUCAGGCCUGACCCCCCUGGGGCCACUGCCUUCUGCCACCAUCCCAAGCAGUGGCCCGGAGUCCCCUGCCCAGCGGCUGGGGUCUGGCUCCCAGCGGGGCAGCUUCAACAGCGAGGACAUCUGUGGCUACAUUGACCGGAGCUUUGCCUUCUGGAAGGAGAAGGAGGCUGAGAUGUUUAACUUUGAGUGA